AUGGUCCGCCCUGUUGUCAGUGCACUAGUCGUCGCGUGUUCUGCUGUUUCGGCAGCAGCAGCAGCAACUAUUGACAAGAGAAUUCUUGGUGGACAACCAGCUGAGAAAGGCGACGUUCCAUUUAUUGUUCGUUUUGAUAAUAAUUGCGGCGGCAGUUUAUUGGACAAGACUACAGUCCUCACUGCUGCUCAUUGCGUUAGCGAUGAAGCGGGAAAGCUCUCCGUAAGGGCAGGAGAGCUCCAGCGCGCAGGAGAGGGCGGAGUAGUUGCAGAAGUUGCAUCUAUUAAACGGCAUCCAGAAUACAUCAGGGGUCGCCUGCCAAAUGGUAUUUUUCACCCAAAUGAUAUUGCCAUUGUAAAAUUAUCAUCCCCGAUUGAGAAGAGCGAUACGAUUGGUUAUGCGAGGCUGCCAGCAAACGGCUCUGAUCCCGUGGUCAAGUCCAUGGCAACCGUGGCAGGCUGGGGUGCCCAAGGCCAUAGUAAAAAUGAUGGCAAUCUUCACAAGGUUGACAUCCCCGUCCACAAACGAGACGACUGUUCGGACAUUGAUAAAGGUGCCGUCAGAGACACUAUAGUGUGUGCUGGUGCAUAUGGCAAGACUGCGUGUGAUGGGGAUAGCGGUGGUCCUCUUAUCGACCGAUGGGGACAAUUGAUCGGUGUAGUGUCAGGUGGUGGGAGUGCCUGCCACGAACAAGGGCGAGAAACCUUGAUAUAUACCAGGGUCGGGAGUUAUAUCCCCUUUAUUUGCGAAAAUCUUGACGCUCCUUGCCCGGAUACUUUGUACGAACCGGCUGCCCAGCCGCCUGCGGAGCCUAUCCCUGAAUCUGAAGACCCUUUCUGGAGAGAGGUUAAUUCACAAGCACAGCAGGUUUGCAAUGAUCGAGGACUCACCGGAGAACAAGCUCAUCUUUGCGAAGAAUAUAAGCAGGCUUGCGUUUUUGACAAUCUUGCUACUGAUGACGCAAAUGUUAUUGUUGACUGCGUAAAGAAUAAGGCGUAG